AUGUCUUCAGACCACCAUCUCGUGUAUCACGAGCCAUCGGAAUCUUUUCCAACGAGUCUACCUCUUGGUAAUGGGCGCCUGGGUGCUUCCGUUUUGUCAACCUACACGUCUGAGACGAUCCUCUUAAACGACGUCACCUUUUGGUCAGGAGCACCAGAUCCAGCCGGGCGUGGCCUGGUCAAAAGAUCCCCAAAUCCUAAACAGGACCUGCGGCAAAUCCAAAAUUGCUUUCUUAGUGGAGACUAUGCUUCAGGAGAAGGCUUGGCCGGGAUGCUUCUGCAGAGUACUAAGCAUAAUUUUGGCACCAACCUGCCGGUUGGUAAACUCAAGGUUACGCACGUUGAUCACGAUCGAGAUAGCCAUAUAAGUCACUUUAGGCGUGAAUUGCGUUUGAAUGAGGCUGUAGCUGAGACAAGAUAUAAAAAACAUGGAUAUUUGGUCCAAAGAAGAGCGUUUGUCAGCUACCCGCAUCAAGUACUGGUGCUGGUGCUUGAUACAGACGACCCUGACGGCCUCGAGGCUAUGGUAACCUGUACAAGCAGCAACGCCGGUUUCUCUGCUCAAUCUGAGAGCAACAAAAUAUCAUUCGAUGUUCAGGCACUUGAAGGCACGCAUAGCGACGGAAUAUCUGGUGUCACGGGGCAUGGUGUUAUUGCCGUCCGAGCAUCCCAAGGAGACAUCCAAAGCCAGGCAGGUAGGAUUAUUGUACGCAGCGCUGGCACAAUAACGAUUAUUUUGGCAUUCAGUACAGACUACAAAAGCCAAGGAGGCGAUUGGAAGGAGCUUCCGUACCGCCAUGUUGAUGCUGCCCUUAAAUGUUCGACGACUUCGCUCUUGGCAGCACAUCUAAGCGACUUCCAACCAAUCUACCACCGGUGCAACCUAUCGAUUGGCAAAAGUUCAGAUCCGUCGAUUAUUCUCCCAACUAAUGAGCGGAAACAAAGCUUCCGCUCCGAUGCCAAUUCUGAUCCGGCACUGUUUGCACUUUACUUCAACUAUUCGCGCUAUUUGAUAAUUGCAGGGACGCGUGCGAAUUCCCCUUUGCCAUUGCACCUGCAAGGUAUUUGGAAUGAUGGAGAAGCUUGUCACAUGGGUUGGAGUUGCGAUUAUCAUCUGGACAUCAACACUCAGAUGAACUAUUUUGGCACGAUGACAAGUGGCUUGGUAGACAUGAUGGCGCCGCUCGUGUCCUAUAUCACUGCUCUUUCCGAUGCGGGAAGAGGAAGCGCCAGAGCUUGCUACGGUUGUGAUGGAUGGGUAGCUCAUGUCUUUAGCAACGCCUGGGGUUUUGUAGACCCGGGUUGGGACACAACAUACGGCCUAAAUGUAACAGGAGGGCUAUGGCUUGCGACUCACCUCAUCGAAAUGUACGAGUAUACUCUGGACGUGGAGUUCUUACAAAAAGUAGCCUACCCCGUGCUGCGGGAAGCUGCUCUAUUCUUCUUGGAUUACAUGAUUGAAGACCAGCAAACGGGUUUUCUAUUGACUGGUCCAUCAGUUAGCCCAGAGAACAGCUUUUUCGCAGGGGACCAAAAGAACAGGAAGGAAUUCCAUUUGUCUCUCUCUCCGACCAUCGAUGUUGUUCUUGUUCGUGAUCUCUUUUCUUUUUGUUCCGGGGUGGCAAGGCGACUUGACAUAGAUCACACCUUGGUCCAGCGACUAGAGAAUGCGCAAGAGAAGUUGCCACCCCUCUUGAUUGGGAAGCAUGGUCAGCUACAAGAAUGGCUCCAUGAUUACGAAGAAGCACAAGCAUUUCACCGUCAUCUCUCGCAUAGCAUUGCACUUUGCCGUUCGUCACAGGUGUCCUUACGACACCAACCGCAGCUUGCCAAGGCACUGGGUGUUGCCAUCAAGCGACGCCAGGAUUGUGAUGAUCUGGAAGAUAUUGAGUUUACAGCCGCCUUGUUUGCCUAUAAUUAUGCACAAUUGGGUAACGCUGAAGGUGCAUUAGAGGAGAUAGGACAUCUCAUUAGUGAACUGAGCUUCGACAACUUGCUUAGUUACAGUAAGCCAGGCGUGGCCGGAGCCGAGAAAAAUAUCUUCGUCAUAGACGGCAAUCUCGGCGGUGGUGCUGCAAUUGCAGAAAUGCUUGCACAUUCAGCAAUGAUGGGAUUUGAUGGCGAAAUUGAGGUUGAUUUACUCCUGUCCUUACCAGCCUCCUGGUCUGAUGGCCAUGUUACUGGCCUUGGACUCAGGGGCAACCUGGAGUUGGAUUUGCAGUGGUCAAACAACAAGCUAGUCAGCGCAAUUUUCCACCCACAUUCCUCUGGCUCGGCAGUCGUUCAUUACGGGCAGCAUUGCUACCGGAUGCAAUACACCAGAGAUGCAAUUAUAGAACUGGGACCAUCAUUGGAGCGGGUGUGA